AUGGAUGAUUGUGAUGGGCCAAGUGUUUAUAUUGCAACUAAGCCAAAAAUGAUAGUUGAAAAAGUGGAUUCAGGAAUGCUAACUGAUCCACGAAAAUAUCGACAUCAAGGAACAAAUGCAAUACGUUGUAUUAGUAUUGGUACGCAAACAGAACAAAUGUCAACUACUGUAAGUACCAAUUUGGAAGGUAAUAUCAGUCGUGAAGUGUUAAAUUUGUUAUUAAUGACAGUAAAGAGUAAUAAUGAAGAAUUGAAUAUUCUUGGACGAUUGAACAUUUUCCAUCGUACCGAUUCGGUGACACUAUCAAUGAUAAAGCAAUAUCAUUUACCACAGAACGAAGAAUUACCUCUAAAUAGUGUCGUAUGUGGUCCGAACGGACGUGUCGCAUUUUUAUUUGCUGAUCGAUAUCAUGAUACAUGGUGCGCACAUAACGGUGUCAUUAUAUUUUGGCAACGACGAAUGAUUGAUCAUUUAGUACUUUCUAGUUGUCCAACAAUUCUCAGGUAUGGUCCUCAAGGUCUGAUAGCAGUAGGUUUAAUAACAGGUCAUAUUUUGAUUAUUCAAAAUGGUGAAAUUAUAUCAACAAAUGAGGUUCAUACUCUAUCUGUAACAUCACUUGAAUGGCUUUAUCCAUUACAACAACUUAUAUCAAUAUCCUUAGAUGGUCGAAUUAUCAUUCAUAAUUUCAAAUCAACAAUAUUGGAGGAGAAGUAUUCCAAAUUAAUAACUAACUUAAAUCUUCCCCGUAAAAUUCGAAAAUCUAAUACAUCAGCCAAAUAUAUCGGCUUGACAUCAUUAUGCGUUACCAAAGAUCGGUUAUUUAUUGGUGGUGAAACAGGUGCUAUUUGGACAGUAACACUACCAGAUUUAACCAUUUCAUUAUUUCAUUAUGAGAUUGAUUGUAUUGAAACAAUAGCACAUAUCGCAAACUAUACUAUCAUUACAACAUCUUCUGGCAAGAUAAGUUUUCAUUAA